UUCUUCUACUAAUUUUCAGAUGAUCGAGGGGGAUACAAGCCACCUCUACGUAUAAUACUUUAGUGCUUUUCUAAAUCGCAUAUCAAUUAAGCUUAAUUUAUGACUUUUUUUUUCCUAGCCUGCGUAGCAGGCGUAUAAUUAGGGAACUUAAGCACCAGGCUAUUAUUUUGCGACGGCGACGGCGACCGGAAGUAACUUUUUGUUCCGGUAGGCGUUCUGGAGUUGCCUGUCAAGUCGUCUUCGUUUCGCGCGAACGUGAAAACCUUCAUUUUGGCGUUGUCUCCAGAACGUGAGUAUCUUUCCCUCACUAGCUUGUCUCAAAACAUUUUAUUUUGCCCUUGUUACCCUUUUAGAAGUAUUUUCUUUCAUGUUGUUCAAAUUGUACACUCAGACAUAGAUAAAAACACAGACAUUUUCAUUUCUCGUAGCUUUGAGCAAGAGAUGUCGGCGCCGGCCUCCGAUGGAAAACCAAAGUAAGCAGAACUAUUGAGUCUUUCGAAGACAUUUCAACAGAAAAGAUUUUUAUGCAUAUCUUUAUAAGUUUACACUUUUUCUCGAUCGUCGGUCAAAUAGCUGAAUUGUUGUAUUUUGCUUUUAGAGCUAUGGAGUGGGCUGAAGAUCAUGACGUUAUUUUGCUUCGAGAAAUCCUAGCGAGCGAUUUGUUUUCAUUCAAAAAAGGAAGCGUUGCGAGGGGAGAAAGGUGGGAAUCGAUCGCAGAAAAGUUAAAUCAAGUGAAGACAAUCAGUUUUCAUCUCAAAGAUAAGAGGACAGUAAGAGACCAAAGGGUUCUUCUCCAGAAGAAGUAUAAGCCCAAGAUGCAUCAAGAAGAAACUGCAAGUGGAAUAUCCGUGGACAUGUCUGAAAUAGAUGUUUUACUUGAAGAACUCGUCGGGAAAGAAGAGAGCUUAAACAAAGUUGGUGAUGCUCAGGCAAGAAAGCAAAAAGAAGAUAAAAGCAAGGCAGAGGACGAAAGGCAGAAAGCUUUGGAGCGAUUCAGCGAAACGAAAAAGCGCAGGUCAACAGAGAAUGGCAAUGAAUGCGAGGAGAAACCGAAGCGCCAAAGGAGAAGUGCUCGCACCGAGCCACUAGUUGAAUUCAUGCAAGAGAAAGCCAAGAAUGAGCGAGAAUUACGGCAACAAGAGCUAGAUCUAAGAAGACUAGAACAAGAGCAGAAUCAGCCAGUGAUGGUGACUGUCUUACAACAACAACAACAACAACAACAAACAAAUCAAGCUAUUCUGUCGGUUAUCCAAAAGCUUUCCCAAGUAUGAACAUGUAAAGUCAGUGUUUACUUAUUUCAACAAAAAUACAGGUAUUUGUUGAAAUUGAUGUCUUACUAUUUACUUGCGUUUUGUGAAUUCGAAAAAAAAAAGUUCAUUCAUUAUUGUUGUUACAAGUUUGACUCUUACAUUGGUGACGACCAAGAAGAAUUCAAAUACUUAUUAAAUUUGGGUUUAAUUAAAA